AUGUGUAUUAGGCAUAAACUUAGUCGGAUUCUGAGAUCAACGGUGGCAAGACAUGAGACUACGCAACAAGCAUCGGUGAAAUCAACCACUGAAAACGUGCCCAUGGCGGAGGUACGCUUUGACGACCCAAAGGAAAUCUACCGUAGCAAGACAACCGCGGAACUGAUUCGAUCUGCUCUCAUUUUGAAGCUGUGCUCGAUCGAGCUGUUGACCAGAAACAGUGAGAGACUGAUGAACAUCGGCCGCCUCCUGCUCGGCAAAUCCUUAUUCAAAAUACUGAUGAAAAAUACGAUUUACGGCCAAUUCAUAGCUGCAGAGAAUUUCAAACAGCUGAAACCUGAAGUCGAAAAACUAGAAAGAAACGGCAUCAGAUCCAUCUUGGACUACUGCAUAGAAAAAGACAUCAACCAACGACAAGCAAAAGGAAUAACGGAAGCGUCCCUUGAACAAAGUCUAAAGAUCAUUUUGGAAAGCAUAGACAUGGCAACCGCGGUAAAGGGGAACCUGCAGAUGGUGGCUGUGAAAGUCACGUCAAUAACCGAACCACUGUUUCUCGCGAAACUGAACGACGUCAUCGAAGCUUCGCAGCAAUUUCUUGAAGAACUUUAUCACGACUCCUGGGACAAUAUCGUCCAGAUAAAAACCAGCGUUGAAGAAUUGAUGACCAAAGUUAAAAUGGUUCGACGUAACGCAGAAAGGAUCAACAGCCAAUGGAUCGAAUAUGUAAAGGAAAGCGCUGAUACUGCGAAUAAACGCACAGACUUUUCAAAAGAACGGCAUUUCGAUCAGACGCUUAGCUGGGAGCAGUUCAGUGGUGCAUUUAUGCCCCCUGAGAAGCAAAAGGCACCGGCUUGGACAAGAAAUGACUACCAACAGUAUAAGGCAUUGGUUGGUCGAUUGAGUAAAAUCGCCGACUACGCAGCCACCAAAAGAGUACCCGUCAUGAUAGACGCUGAACAGACGUACUUUCAGGCAGCGAUCGACUAUUUGUCGUAUUCGCUUAUGCGUAUAUACAAUAGAGAAAUGCCUCUCAUCAUACCAACGUAUCAGGCGUACCUGAAGAAUGCGAUGAAGCGUGUGAAGACUGGCCUGAACCUGUCGCGGAUAUGGAACUAUUAUUUCGCAGCAAAAUUGGUAAGGGGAGCUUACAUGGACACGGAACGCGCUCGGGCCAAAGAACUGAACUACGAAGACCCGAUAAAUGAAUCUUACGAGGCAACAAAUCAAAUGUACAAUUCAAUAAUCAAUGUGUUAUUUCAGGAAUCCAAACAGAGUUCAGAUGGUAAAGUGUGGUUCAUGUGCGCAACACACAACGAAGAAUCGAUACGGAAACUCCUGACUCUUUUGUCUGAUCCGACUGCGAAGGAUGUGAAGAAGAGAUUGGCGUUUGGUCAAUUGUACGGCAUGUUCGACCACUUGUCGUUCCCCCUGGCGCAGGCCGGCUACACGGUCUACAAAUACGUGCCCUUCGGUCCGCUAGAGCUGACCUUGCCAUAUUUGGUAAGAAGGGCGCAGGAAAACAGCAGUACCUUCCACGACUGCAAACAUCAAAUAGGAAUGAUGCGACAAGAAAUAGCUCGCAGACGGAGCCGUAAAAAGUAA